AUACAAGGUAUACCUUGUUUAAAUAAAAUUAUUUUAUAUAAUCUAAGUAAUUAAAUAGACAAUCAUUUAAAAUUAAAGUGUUACGUAAAAUUUUGAUAAUGUUGCGAACAAGUCUGUACAAAGUCGGGAGAUUGGUAGUGAUACACUUUCACCCCGGCUCGGUGGUUCGAAGCUCGCGCGGUUCGAUCAAUGCCGCUACCAGUCACACAAGUCGUGUUGUCGGGUUUGCUACCGUGUCCGCACCUCCGUCGAGUAAAAGGAAAAUGGCUGACAAACUAAGUCAACAAGAACGUGAGUCCUUGCUUCAACCAUUACUGAACUCUGGCUGGAAGGUGCAAAGCAACAGAGAUGCCAUUGAAAAAGAAUUUCAAUUUAAAAACUUCAAUGAGGCAUUUGGAUUUAUGACCCGGGUCGCUCUGCUCGCUGAGAAAAUGGACCACCAUCCAGAGUGGUUUAAUGUUUACAAUAAACUACAGGUGACACUGUCUUCGCAUGAUUGCAACGGCUUGAGUAAAAGAGACAUUAAGAUGGCAUCGUUCAUGGAUGAAAAUUUCAAAUAAAUCAAAUUUUUUCAAUAUGUUGUGACAGUUAUGUUUGUUUAAUGUAUAUAUGUAACUUGGUGUUAAUAAAAUUUAUUUAAAGAUUAA